CUUCGCUCAGGUGGGAUAACAUUCCUUUCGCACUAGAAAUCAGAUGAGUGCCACAGUUCCGUUCUUUCCAGCGUAGUGCAUUGCCCAAGGAAGACUAGAAAAUGGUCAGCGAUAGCCAGAAGCAUAAAGUUAUCAGAGAGUUCUCCAUACCGGACACGGUGAAGGACGAUAUCGCCUACUGCCAACGAUCGUUGCGGGACUGCGUGAAAGUGCAUCAGUACUUUAUUGAACGAUGCAACAGUUUAUCGGUGAGUCAGCAAGAACAGGUAAGGAAGUACUUGCUCGAGCUGGAGGACGAAAUGAGGGCGAUCGGUCAGGAACAGAGUUUGCUGGUGAUGGAUUUGACCAACCGGCUGAAGCAUUUCCAGCGAAAGACGGCCAACGAAAAGCGCAUCGUGCUUGGUGAUGACCUUGCGAAUGGUUACGUCGCCUGGGUACUGUCCAAUCACUCGGAAGUACAUUGCAACACAUCAUACACACCGCAUGCCGUAUCGGAACGAUUAAGCGAGAGCCAGCUGUACCAAAAGUAUCGACUGGAACCGACACAAAGCUGUGAAGUUGCCACCGCCCUGCCCGAACUGCCAGAUAAACGGCUGCGUAGAAGACCGGUUUUGCAGACCUCGCUGUUAAAACCGAAAGAAGAACGUGAUAUACCCAAUAUUACUGCCUUUAAAGAAGAGCCUUCCCUGACACCUUCGAACACACCAAUAACACCUCCUGCACCGCCCCUGUUGGCCGGUACGGUCACAACAAGGACAACAGCCAGCAGGCGUAAAACACCGCCCGAACAGUCUUUGACCCUGAAGAAAAUGCUCCGUUCUAGUUCCACAACGCCCGUGGUUGCGGUGAAGCAGGAGCUGGAAAUAAAGCAAGAACCGAUCGAUCAGGAGAUCAGCAUCGAGCCGGAAGAUCAUUUGGCACCGAUCACUUUGCAGGAGUCGGCUGCUGUGAAGCGAGGCCGCAGCAAUCUGCUACAAGCGCUAAAUAAGGCGAAAACCACACAAAAGACAAACCUGAAACAGACUCACACGAGCCCACCCGCUUCGGCCAUUAAAAGCGGACGGAACAAUCGGGCCGGUUCGGUAAAUGCGGGUGAACAGCGCAGCUCAUCCGUGUCGUCAGAUUCAUCCAACUCGCGGGCCUCGACACCGGGAACGUCCUGCAAUGGUGGCAGUACACGCAAGUCCACCGUUGAAAAUGGUACAUCCGAUGAAUCAUCGCUCGAGCGCUUGUUACCACCGGAAGAACCACCCUGCCAAUUGCCGACAAACAUUGACGAGUGGGAACAGUACAGCUUUCUCAAACUGUUCGGACUGUACACGAUCGAGGAUAGCAAUCUUUUAAAGGGACGAAAAAAUGAGCGCAAGCGUCGUAGCUGUUGCAGUACCGAGCGGAAAGACUUCCAUUACGGACGGUUCGAUUACUACGAGCAGCAGUUUUACAUUGUACAGAAACGACGGUAUAAUGUAAACAAGCGGCUGCUGUUCACCGCAACGUCGGCAGAAAAAUCCAUUAAGAAAAGAAAGCCUUGGUCUAGCCUUGUAAUGCCGGCGCCACCAUCCUCGCUGUCGGUGGAGGUUUCAUCUGCUGAUGGAAAAGCCUCCUUUCAAGGUGACUCUCUAGAAAGUGUGAUAGAACCGGUGAGCAAAUUUUGUUUCGUUUGCAAAAAAGAGGAUACCACUGCCGAUAGUUUAAACGCCUGUGUGGAUUGUAGUAAUUUGUAUCACCUGAGCUGCCACGUGGACGAAGACACUGCGCAAGCAGAACAAAAGACCGAUCAUAAAACCAACACUGAUGAUUGUGAUGGUGGGGAUGAAAAUGGUAAUCGUUCCAUCGUUGGACAACUGUUGACACCGCAGCGGACUGAUCUGUGUCCGAUGUGCUUAGCCUUAGCAAAGAGAGUACCAUAAAAUGAGGAGAUCGGUACGCAGUUAAUUGUUCCCGUUGAGUUUAGUUUUGUUGGUUAUCUUAUACUUCCAUAUGUUAAUGUUAUGUGUAAAGAAAGUUGCAAUCUUCAUCCCUCCCUUUUUAGAUAGCACAUUGUAAUAUAGUUAGAGAAAUUAUUAGCAGGCACACGCGCGCAAAAACGUACAGUGCGAUUUUAGGACAAUACAGUUUCACAAACUCAAAUGAAAUAAAAGUGAAAGUAAUUGUACUGCAAAAGGUUUCA